AUGUCGUCCGUGGAAGAUCUGUCGCUAAUAAGGAACAAGCAGAAACGAGAGGAGCUCUACCACCGUCUAAAAACAGAAAAGGCUCGUCUCAAACUGAAAAAGAGACUCGCAACCCGAAAGCAAGAAUCCGAACAUCCAGAACUGAAACAAGAACGUCUAGCUACCAAUGUACCAAAGACAUUAGAGAACACUAGAGAGUUUGAUGAGACUAUUGUUGGUGAUGAUGAAGAGGUUUUGCAAGAAGAGGAGACAGAUGAGCUAGCUGGAUACUUUAAUGGAGCUCGGCCAAAGAUCAUGGUUACUACAAAUAAGAGAGCGACCGCUGACAUUUACGAAUUCGUCAAUGAAAUCAUAACAAUCUUCCCCGAUGCGCAAUUCGUCAAGAGGCUGCCACAGUUUGAUUUGAAGAAGGUCGUUGAGGUUGCUAGAGAACGAGAGUUUACGGAUAUUAUUGUUGUUCAUGAAGAUAACAAGAUACCUAAUGGUCUAAUGCUGAUACAUUUACCUGAUGGACCAACAGCCUACUUUAAAUUAUCAAGCAUCAAGCUCAACAAAGACAUUUCGGGCCACGGUCGAGUAGCAGCCCACAACCCAGAACUGAUACUGAACAACUUUUCAACGCGAUUGGGUCACACUGCCGGUCGUAUGUUUGCCGCUCUCUUCCCACAAGUUCCUGAAUUCCAAUAUCGACAAGUGGCCACGUUUCAUAAUCAACGUGAUUUCAUCUUCUUUCGUCGCCACAGGUACAUUUUCCAAGAAGGAAAACGUGUAGACUUGCAAGAAGUCGGACCUAGGUUUACACUCAAGCUGCAAUGGUUGCAAAAGGGGACUUUUGAUACCAAAUUUGGUGAUUAUGAGUGGAUUUUCAAGCCCAAGAUGGCAACAAGUCGAAGGAGGUUCUUCUUCAUCCGCACAUUCUAUACAUGGAAGGUGCCGGCAUCCACUCCACGCCUCACACUAGACGAUGGCAGCACGCUCAUCUACCGAAACCCCAACAAAGCACAUCCAUCCACCACCAGCCCGACUUUAAAUCCAAUAGCAGCAACGCAUCUCCCACCGCCCAUACGCAAAGAACCAUCAUACCCACGGCUAACACCCGCCCAAAUCACCAGAAUCGCCGAACUGAGGAAUUCAGAUCCAGAUUUAUGGACUGUCAAGACACUUGCGACUGAAUUUAAUACAUAUCCGGCAAUGAUUAUGAGGAUUGUCAGGGUGCCUGAUGAUAGGAGACAGUAUCUGGUCGGCCAGAUGGAUCGCUGGUGGGUUGGAGAAAAGCUUAUUGGUGAAGAAUCGCAAGUCGCAUAUAAUCUCCUAAAUGUAAAUAGCAUCACACCACAAGCGUAA